AUGGCAAACUUGGGCUCUGCACGCCCACCGCGUCUCCAGCUCAAUCCACCCCUGCUGAACUCGGCUACUCCAUGGGCUACAAGCCUGAAGGAUCUCCAGAAACUGUACAGCUGUCCCCACACCGGGGCUGUGACUACGAGAACAUCUCUUAUUAAAGGGUUCGAUCACAACCCCGAGGUACAUCAGUAUGCGCUGUACGACACUGUCGCCGUGCCAGCAGCCCUCCCCAGAGGCACUAGCAACGCGAGCUUCAACUCGCUAGGCUACAGCCCGCACACGCUCGCGGAGUACCUAGCAUGGAUCAAAACGGCGGUGUCGACGGCGCCGGCCCCGCGGCCGGGAAAGGCCUUCAUAGUCUCCAUCACCGGGACGCCGCGAGAGGUGGCCGAGUGCUAUAGCAUGGUGGCCGCGGCGCAGCUGGACAUCGCGGCGCCGCUGGCCGUGGAGCUGAACCUUUCAUGCCCCAACAUCCCCGACAAGCCACCUCCAGCCUACGACGGCCCGUCCAUCCUGGAGUACAUCGAGUGGAUCUUGGAGCCGCGGCAGCAGGACCUGCCGCGGGUGGCGCUGGGGAUCAAGACACCGCCAUACACGUACUCGACGCAAUACAGCACUCUUGUCAGCGCGCUCAUCGCGAGCGCCAGCCGGUCGCCGGACGGGGUCUGCCCCGUGAGCUUCAUCACCUCAACCAACACUCUCGGCUCGUGUCUGAUGCUCUCUUCGAUUGGGAGCGGCGGCGGCGGCGGCGGCGACGGCGGUAGUGGGCAAAACCACCAGCAUCACGCGGCCGUACUACCCCUCAGUGGCAUUGGCGGCAUGGCGGGCACGCCGCUGCACCCACUCUCGCUGGGCAAUGUGGCCACGAUCCGACGGAUGCUGGACGAGCACCCGGACAUGCUCGGCCACGUGCAGGUCGUGGGCGUGGGGGGCGUCUGCGACUCUGGCGGCUACAGGCGCAUGAGGUCCGUCGGCGCCGACGCCGUCGCCGUCGGGACGGGGCUGGGGGUCAAGGGGAUCAAGGUCUUUGAGGAGAUAGCCAGGGACGUGGAGGGAGCCUGGUGA